GAGGCGGGAGCGCGUCCCGGCCGCCCGCGGCUCCUCCGCCCGCCCGGCCCCGCUCCCGCCCCGCAGCCGGCGGGAUGCUCAGAUCCACCGGCUACUUCCGCGGCAUCGACUGCCCGUUCCUAAACGCCGGGGGGUCGGGGCCGGGCCGGGGGUGCCGCAGGCCCUACUGCCACUUCCGACACCCCCCGGUGGCCCCGGCGCCGUGCGGAGCCUCCGGAGCCUCGGGCGACCCCAGCGUGGGGCUCCCGCUCGGACACGGCGCAGAGCGAGGCUAUGAUCCCUACAACCCUGAGCUGCCCAGGCCCUCGCUGGAGGUGGAGGAUGGCUUUCUGGCUGACAUCACAGAUGUCACACCUGGAAUUCUGGAGCUGGAGCUGGUCAACAAGGCCAUUGAGGCAGUGAAGAACGAAGUGGAGAGGGAGCAGAAGAAGUAUGAGGAGCUGCUGGAAACCACAAAGGAGUUUGGUGCUUCAGAGGGCUCCUCACUGAUUUCAAACACACCUGUGUCAGCUGCUGGGCCUCAGAAUGAUUCCUUUGCCUCAUUGGAGUACAAUCCAGGGAGCUACAGCUUCAAUAAUAACUCAGACUACAACCCCACUCCUCUGGCUGCUGCUGGCCGAUCCAGUAAAUACACUUUGGAUUCCUCCCGCUCCAAAGGGAGCUCACUGGAAUAUGUCCCCAAGGCUGUAAUACAGAAUAAAAAAUACAGCAGCACUGUCACUAACAACAAAUACGUGAUUGAUGACUCCAAGCCUUCCACAGACUUGGAAUAUGACCCCCUUUCCAAUUACUCUGCCAGGCUGUUGGGCAAAGCCACAACCAAGGGCUCCAAAAGGGAAAGGGCCUCUGAUUAUGAGGACUCCUACUCUCCAUCACGGAAGAAGCUCUGCGAAGAUCCCGAUGAUGACGAGGUGUUGGCCAGGUUCUCCUCCUCUGAAGAUGAGGCUGAGGUAGAAUAUAAAACAGCUUCUUGUAGUUCACCCUCAAAAGCUAGUUCUGAGAGUGAGUCAAACGAGUUCUCCAGCAAAGAGCAGAGCACAAAAGUGGAUGGCUCUGCUUCCCAGGAGAGCAAAGAAGCAGCACAGCACAGGGAGGACCUUCUAAAUUCACAGAAAAACCUUGCCAAGAACUCGUCCGAUAAGAACUCAAAGGCAGCGAAGUUGUGUUCUGGUAAGAACAACAAGGAAAUUGAAAAUAAAAACAAAGACUCCAAAGACAAAACAAAAAAGAAGAAAAAUGAUGUUAGUAAAGCACCAGGCCUCGGUGAGGCUGGGAAGAAGGAGAAAAAUAAAAAUGCAGACAAAGACAAAGCGCUCAAGAAAGAAGAAAAAUUAAAAACCAAGAAUGAAGAGAAAAACUGCAAAGACAAAAGCAUCAAAGUGAAAACAGAUGGGAACUUAAAGAAACCUGAAAAACCGAAGUCAGAAAAAGUGGAUGGGUAUAAGAAAGAAAAAUCCAAGUCCACCACCAGCAGUUCAGGGAAAAGCAAGAGCGAGGGUGUCACCAAGGGCACAGAGAAAGUGGGGAGCAGCAAGAAGGAUUCGCAGAGCAGAACAGCUGAUGUGAAAAAUGGCAAGGAAAGCUCUGGUCGUAAAAACAAGGAGAAAGGAACCAAGACCUCCCUGGAGCGAAAGAAAGACAAGGUCAGUUGUGCAGGAGAAGGAGACCCCAAGAAGGGUCGGAAGCAGCAGAGUUUGAGCCACGUGGACCUGUUUGGAGAUGAGAGUGGAGAUGAGGAUGACAAAGGCCGGCCUUUGUCCUCCUCGUUGCUUGAUGUGAGCUCGGACUUGGAUGGGACUGACUCUGGCUCAGCCUCUGACAGUGACAAGGACAGGAGGAAGAAAGUGAAGCGCUCAAAGUUGUCCAAGUCAUCAUCAUCUUCCUCAACAUCUGAUGACAUUGAUUAUUCCAUCCUUGAGAAAGAUGUGGACUUCGAGACGGAUCCCAUGGAGGAGUGUCUCAGGAUCUUUAAUGAAUCUAAAGAUGUGAAAACUGAAGACAAGGGAAGGCUGGGCAAACAGCCUUCCAAAGAGGAAGCAAAUGAAGAAAAGACAGAAGAUAAUUUAACUACCUUGUUUCCUGGACAAAAAAGAAGGAUCUCUCAUCUUGUCAAACAAGGAAAUGCAGAGGCCCCGAGCAAGCCGGUGGUGCGGCCCUACCGUCCCCCCACGGCCCAGGAGGUGUGUUACCAGAGGAUCCAGCUGGCUCAGCAGCAGGCAGCACAGCUGGUUGGGACUGUUCAAAAGACCUCUCUCUGUUUGCCAGGAGAAAAGAGGAGGAUUGCUCACGUGCCAAAUGCAGCCCUCACCGCAGCAGCCAAGCAAAGCCUCGGGAGCAGUAAGGCGACUGUUGGUGGCAGGAGUGUCACACCUUCCAAUGACUCUGAAGCCCCCACCCUUCCUCUGAAGCCUUGCACCUUGGCUGGGAUGGCUUCCAAGACCACCAGCACCAUCGUGCCCAAAAGGGUAGCACAUGUUCCCUCCUUACAGAGCACCACUUUACAGAGGCCUGUUAUUCCCACAGAAUUUGGUGCUAAAGUCCCAACCAACAUUCGCCAGAGGUAUCUCAAUCUCUUCAUCGAUGAGUGCCUGAAAUUCUGCUCCUCAUCCCAGGAAGCCUUCGACAAGGCCCUGGCAGAGGAGAAGGUGGCCUACGAGCGCAGCACCAGUCGCAACAUCUACCUGAACGUGGCUGUGAACACCCUGAAGAAGCUCCGCAGCCUCGUGCCCAACUCCCCAGCCAGCACCAACAAGACAAGUAACAAGAAGGUGGUGUCCCACGAGGCUGUGCUGGGAGGGAAGCUUGCUGCCAAGACCAGCUUCACUCUGAACCGCUCAGGGAGCCUGAGAGCCGAGGAUCUGACAGGAGCUGCCCUGUACCGGCGCCUCAAGGAGUACCUGAUGACUGAGGAGCAGCUCAAGGAGAACGGGUACCCAAUGCCUCACCCUGAGAAGGCUGGACGUGCUGUGCUCUUCACUGCAGAGGAGAAGAAAGUGAUUGACUCCUCGUGCAGGAUCUGCUGUCGCUGUGGCACCGAGUACAUGGUCUCAGCCUCGGGGAGCUGCAUCCGCAAGGAGGAGUGUGUGCAUCACUGGGGGCGGCUGCGCAAGCAGAGAGUGCCAGGUGGGUGGGAAACCCACUACAGCUGCUGCUCUGGAGCUGUGGGGUCACCAGGCUGCCAGGUUGCUAAACAACACGUGCACGACGGGCGCAAGGAGAGCCUGGAUGGGUUUGUGAAGACUUUUGAGAAGCUGCCCACGACUGAUGGCUAUCCUGGGAUCUACGCCUUAGACUGUGAAAUGUGCUACACUAAGCAAGGACUGGAGCUGACAAGGGUAACUGUGAUCAACUCGGAGCUGAAAGUGGUGUACGACACCUUUGUCAAGCCAGACUCCAAGGUGGUGGAUUACAACACCAGAUUCUCAGGUGUGACAGAGGAGGACCUGGAAAACACGAGCAUCACCCUGCGGGAUGUCCAAGCCGUCCUACUGAACAUGUUCAGUGCAGACACCAUUCUGAUAGGGCACAGCUUGGAAAGCGACUUAUUUGCACUAAAGCUGAUCCAUGGCACCGUGGUGGACACAGCCAUCGUGUUCCCCCACCGCCUGGGGCUGCCCUACAAGCGGGCCCUGCGCACGCUGAUGGCCGACUACCUCAAACGCAUCAUCCAGGACAACGUGGAAGGACACGACUCCAGUGAGGAUGCCAGAGCCUGCAUGGAGCUGAUGGUGUGGAAGAUCAGAGAGGAUGCCAAGGUGAAGCGAUGACCUGCGUUGUCUUUCUGCUGUUCUCCUGCACCUCUGUGAAGAAGCAGUGCAAUAAAUGCCCACAGCCACCCUG